AAUGUUCAAUGUUAGUUUUUUUCUUUAUUUAUUAUAAAAAUGUGUUCUUAAAAAUCAGUCUCACCAAAGUGCAUUGGUGGAAAAUAUUUCGACAUUGAUUGGCAAUUCCAACUAUUCUUUUUUUCACGAGAUCACGUACUAAAGUAGUAUUCUUUUGUGUAUUAUCCUUGGUAUGUUUGUUAUGAUUUCCGUAGUUAAUGGUGAGCAUUCUUGUUCAAUCGAAAUUAAUUUCUCUUAAAUUGAUUCGAAUAGGAAUAUCAUGUAGAAAACCGAGUCAAUAUGCAGGUCAAUCUGUUUGCGAUCAUUUCGGUAAGUUAAUUUUGACAUGGGUUGUUCGAUGUAUUCAUGAAACUAUUUUAGGUGGUUUGCAUGGUGAAUGUGUGAGCUUUGUGAAAAUUUGUACUGGUGAUCGCCGAAAAACUGACCAAUGGGGACGUGGUGCAAAAGUUCGUGGAUCUAAUAUUGCAUCAGGUACAGCUAUUGCUACAUUUCCUUAUGGCAAGUAUAAGGGUCAUGCGGCUAUCUAUAUUAGUCAAGACAGAAGCGGAAUCCAAGUUUGGGAUCAAUGGAAAGGUCAUUCCGUUUCACAACGAACCAUUCGUUGGAAUGGUAGCGGUUUAUCGAACAAUGGCGAUAGUUUUUAUGUCAUCGAUUGA